AUGGCUCCGUCGGUGAUCGUAAAUCCAAGGUUCUGUGUUCCUAACUCCGUGGAUCUGGCCAUGGUGCGGGAUAAGAUUGCGAAACAGUACGGUAACUUCGUUUUCAAGGACGUUAACGGGAACAUGCUGUUCCAGGUGAAGAAGCCCGGUUCUGGUCUUCACAAGAAGAUGAUCUUGUUGGAUGGUUUUGGAUCUCCGGUCUUGACUAUGAAAGAGAAGACGAUGACAUUGCAUAACAGGUGGCAAAUAUUUAAAGGAGGGAGUACGGAAGAGCGUGAUAUGCUGUACACUGUGAAGAGAUCGUCGAUGCUUCAGCGUACGACGAAACUUGAUGUGUUUUUGGGUCACAGCAAUGAAGAGAAGACAUGCGAUUUCAAAGUCAAAGGGACUAAUUGGCUCGAACGGUCUUGUGUUGCCUACGCAGUUUAUCCAAAAUAA